GAGUGUGCAAAAUGUAAAUCAUUCCUGUCGAUCUCGAGUCAUAGCACUUAUGUCUUAAACUUUUCAAGCUUGAAGUUAUCGGGACCUUCGGCUUUCUUUCGGCGUCAGUAUUCAAGAAACUCGGUAACAGAAGCAUCAUCGUGGGGUUAUGCGAAACAACCUAGGGAUAAAGCUCAGUUGAUAGCCGCUACAUUUGGAAUCCUUCGAAAACUGCCUAGGUAUCCGGGGUAGGUGUUAUAUCUGACCAGAUUCUUGAAUUUCAUCUUACAUAAAGCCGCCAAUCUGCUGCCAGUCGAGAAAACUAUUUCGUCAAACUCCCUGACAUUCCGACCCACAGACGUAGUUGCCCCCCCCCUUCUAGUCAAUACGAUGCAGAGCUGGAGCAGAGUCCUACUUUUUGCUGCCUUAAAUGGGCUUGUACUCGCCAUCCCCGUGCAGGAUAGUCCUCGACAACGGCUCCUCGAUGGCUAUGAGCUACCUGCAAAGUACCGGAAGACAAACAUCGCCCCGCCCUACACUCCCGGCAACAAAGACCCUCUCGACAGGGCCGUAGAUGCUGUUGGGGAUAAUUUGGAUCCCUUGCCAUGGCGGAAUGGGCUGGGGGCGUCGGUUCUUGGACCCUGGAACUGGGAGCGUUCCCGGCAGAGCCCAGAUCUCGUGCGGCCCCCGAGUACAGAUCACGGUAACAUGAUGAAUAUGCGCUGGAGUUUUGCGGACUCUCAUGUCCGUAUAGAGGAAGGUGGAUGGACGCGCCAGACGACAGUUCGAGAACUUGGGUCAAGUGUCGAGCUUGCCAGCGUGAAUAUGCGUCUCGACAAAGGCGUCAUCCGUGAACUGCACUGGCACAAGGAAGCGGAAUGGGCAUAUGUGCUUGAUGGAGAAGUCCGCGUGACCGCCCUUGACUAUGAAGGCGGUAACUUCAUCGACGAUCUAAAGAAGGGCGAUCUUUGGUACUUUCCAAGCGGCGUGCCUCAUUCGCUGCAGGGUCUCAGCCCUAACGGCACCGAGUUUCUCCUGGUCUUCGACGACGGGAACUUCUCCGAAGAAUCAACUUUCAUCUUGACCGACUGGCUAGCGCAUACACCAAAGUCUGUGAUCUCCAAGAAUUUCAACCUGGCGCCAGAGAUCUUUGCACACAUUCCGGACAGCGAGAAGUACAUCUUCCAGGGGUCUCAACCUGGCUCGAUCGACCAAGAGAAGCCAACCGGCAAAGGCGUGAAGAAAUCAAAGUACAACUUCACCCACAGAAUGCUGGACCAAGAGCCGAAGCAAACAAGCGGCGGAGAAGUUCGCGUUACCGACUCCAAGAAUUUUCCAAUCUCGAAGACUGUAGCUGCGGCACACGUUACGAUCGAGCCAGGUGCCAUCCGGGAGAUGCACUGGCAUCCCAAUGCUGACGAGUGGUCUUUUUUCCUCAAGGGACGCGCUCGUAUUACCAUCUUCGCCUCGGAAGGCACAGCGAGGACAUUCGACUACGUGCCUGGUGAUGUUGGAAUUGUGCCGCGGAAUAUGGGUCAUUUUGUGGAGAAUAUUGGGGAGGAGCCGAUUGAGAUGCUCGAAGUCUUCCGCGCCGACGAAUUCAGAGACUUCUCCUUGUUCCAGUGGAUGGGUGAGACUCCGAAAAAGAUGGUUAUUGAUCACUUGUUUGCCAAUGACCGAGAGAGCGGGGAGAUAUUCUGGGAGAAAGUUAAGAGCGCGGAGAAGGAUGAGGUCACCAAGCCCAAUUUCAGCUCGAAUGAGUUGCGCGCGGAUGGACUGUAAACAGCUCAGUAUCGCAAACUAUAUUCCCUUUGUAACUUAGAUAACGAAGAUUUGAAGGACAUUAAGGCGCUAACCAGUUCUCCCUCGGAUCCAAUACCCUCGGAGUUAAUACAGUCAACGGAACACUUUCGUACCCCUCCCCCUCGUGGCCGAUAUUUGCUGCGCUACCAGAACUUCUUGCAACCAUCUUAGUGAUUGAAGGCUUCAAACUUGAAUGGGAAGGCCGACAUCUUUGCGCCGUAGUUGCGAUGAACGGUUCUGCGGAGUGUCUUCUGGUCGAUUCGAGAAAGGCAAAGAAGGAAAGAAAAGAGGGGGCAAACGCAAGUUCUGUGACCAUGCGCUCUUGGUAUAUUAUUAAAGUACAAGGAAACGGUCCCGUGGAUGCUCUCUGCGUGGUUCUAGAGAUGAUACUUGUGCUACAGCUCUAUUCGACAGACUUUGUACCGGAGCCAAAUUACUUUUAAUAUGGGC